GAUUGGUCACAGCCAUGAAGGGGACUCUGAUUGUGUUAGUGGCAUUGGCCGGAGCCUGGGCUGCACCUCAAGGAAGGGAACCCGGGAGCAAAUGGAUCAACGAUUACGACAAACCCUUUUCUUUCCAGUGUCCCGAUCAGCAGAGCAUCGGCUUUAUUAUAAGCAAACACAACAACAGAAGAGAGGAUCGAGUGUGGAAUUUCACAUGUCAGUACACCCUGUAUCAGCCUCACUUCUGUAACUGGACCGACUACAUCAAUGAUUUUGACCAAGAGCUGAACUUCACUUGCCCACUGGGCUCCGUUGUCAGUGGAAUUCAGAGUUACCAUGAUAAUAAGAAGGAGGACAGAAGGUGGAAGUUUCUUUGCUGCCAGGGGGAGGUGGCAGUUGCCCAGAACUGUACCUGGAGUCAUUACGUCAAUGACUUUGAUGAAUGUCUGACGUGGAAGUCGCCCCCAAAUCAUCAUCUGGUGGGGGCAUUCAGUUACCAUGACAAUGGCAAAGAGGACCGACGCUGGAAAUAUUAUUCCUGUGAAAGGAGCGAUACCAAAAAAACCAUUGGGGGAUUGUACAGCUGCGCAGACUGACCAGAACGUUUGUUGGAUCAUUCUUCUAUUAAACGGUUUCUAAGCA